CUCCCGGGGCUCCCGCUUCCUCCCGGGGCUCCCGCCGCUCCCGGGGCUCCCGCUCCCUCCCGGGCCGCCGGGGAUGCGGGUGCCGGGCCGUCCCCGCUGGAGCUGAGCCCGCCAUGGUGCCCUGCGGGGCCGUGCUGUGGCGGCGGCUGCUCAGGAAGCGCUGGGUGCUCGGCCUCGUGUUCGGGCUCUCGCUCGUUUACUUCAUCACCAGCACCUUCAAGCAGGAAGAGAGGAUGGUGAGAGAUCGGAAUCUCCUCCAAGUGCAGGAGCACGAGCAGCCCAUCCUGUGGAAGGUGAAGUUCAGCCCGGGAAACAGCAGCCAGCUGAGUAACCAGUGCAGGAAUUCUGUGCAGGGGAAGCUCCUCAUUACAGAUGAACUGGGGUACAUCUGUGAGAGGAAGGACCUGCUGGUGAAUGGCUGCUGUGACGUGCACGUGCCCAGCACGAAGCUGUUCAGCUGUGAGAGCUGCCUUCCCAACGGCUGCUGCAGCAUCUACGAGUACUGUGUGUCCUGCUGCCUCCAGCCCAGCAAGCAACAUCUCCUGGAGCGUUUCCUGAACCGGGCAGCUAUUGCUUUCCAAAACCUCUUCAUGGCAGUGGAGGAUCACUUUGAGCUGUGUCUGGCCAAAUGUAGGACUUCAUCACAGAGUGUGCAGCACGAGAACACCUACAGAGACCCCAUUGCCAAGUACUGCUAUGGGGAAUAUCCCCCCGAGCUCCUGCCUGUUUGAAAGCUGAGGGAUCUGAGCAACAGAGGGAAGGAACUGGAGACUGGAAGCCAAAGGAACAAGACACCAGCUGCUGCUUUACAAGAGCCUCAGUGCAAAUGGCUUGUGUUGGGUGUGGGGGCAGAGCCAGAGGUGUCAGAGUGAGCAAGGAACUCUAGUUCUCUGGGACUGAAUCUUGCUUCCUUCACUUUGUUGUGCACCUGUGCUAGCACUGUGCCACAGUACCAGUAUUUCCUUGGAGUAUUUCCUCUGUAUUUUAGGAUCUAGGCUGUAAAACACCGUGGGAAAAAUAUCUAAUGUGGCUUUGCAGCUGUAAAUGGAGGUUCAGUUGUGUCUCUGCAGUCCAGAGACUUUCCAGAGAGACAGGAAUAAUGGGAGGAUUUCUGCUUUUAGAGAGAAAAGCACGCUUUGCUUCUCUCUCUGGAACCCCUCUUGACAUGCAUGGUGUACACUACAUAUGUAAUUAUGAAUUAUUUAUUCAUUUUAUAUGGAUUACUAGCUGAAAGUAUUGAUGCUUUGCAGAGCUGGUGGUUGGUGCCUUUCAGUCCCUGUUCUGCUAUGUCAGCUAGAAGGGAUGUUUUAGAUCCUGACUAAAGUUGGUUGGUUUUUCUUCCUCCUUAGUCUAAAGGAAUUGUGUUGGGAUUUGUCACUAUAGUGCUCAUGUUCCUCUUAGUGAGUUUAAAGCAUUCAGAACUCCAAUGGAGUUGUUAUUCUGUCCAAGUCCUGCAGCACGAGAGAAGAGCAGGGAUCCGCCCGGGGUUUGUUGUAAAUACUUCCCUUGUUACUCUGCAACAGUUUCCUCAAAGAGGAGUCUUAGUUUUGUGAACAGCUCUCUGCUGGUCCCCUUGCUGACAGGGAACAGUGCAGGGCUGUUUGCUUGAACUUGGUAAAUCAAAUGUUCUUCACUCCUGGUUGUGCAGGAGGCAAAAGGGUGGAGCUGUUCUGGGACCUCAGUUUCAUGAUGUCCUGGUGCAUGAAGUAAUUCCAGUGUCAGAACGUGCCCUCUGAGGACAACUGUGUUGCAUGAGCUCAGCUGAACAGUCAGGGUGCUUUUAAUUUGCUGUUUGACACACUUGCUGCUCUGGAAUCUUGAUCUGAUCGGAAUGGCACUAGGCCAGGGUUGGUUCUCCCACAACUUCUCCUGGCUCUCUAAAGUUGCAGUUUAAAUUGUCUCCCUCUAAAGGCCACACAACACAGAAAAGAUGGGUAGAGAACCAGUAAAAUGCUGACUAAAUUUGUGCUCCCCCCUGCAAGUCACUGGGGAAAGUCUAAGCACUAGACUGAACUGAGUUGUUCUUUUCUGUAAAGUGAUUCAUUUCUCUUGUUUUUACCCCACCCAUCUCCUCAUGAUUUGGACUUUGUGUGUUCCUGCUUGAACUGCAUUAGAUAAAAAAGUAAAUAAAAAUGUAGAUAAAAAUCUACAGAGGCUUUAAAGAAAAAACAAACAAAGGCAAACCCCAAACACAGGGGUGGAAUAUCCUGGUGCAAAAGAACUGUAGAAUGCUGUGCAAUUACAUAUGACACAAACAAGAAAUAGUACCAACCAUCUCAUAAAA